UUCUCACGCCAGAGCAAACCCGGUCCAAUCCAAAUCCAAACACUGUUACCAUUCACAUUGAGAGGCAGCCAUGGCCGAAAACGAGAGCAGCGGAGUGCGGGUGUGCGUCACCGGAGGCGCCGGGUUCAUCGGCUCCUGGCUCGUCAAGAAGCUCCUCGAGAAAGGCUACACCGUCCACGCCACCCUGCGGAACACCGGAGACGAGGAGAAGGCAGGGCUGCUGCGGCGGCUGGUCCCCGGCGCGGCGGAGCGGCUGCGGCUGUUCGACGCUGACCUCUUCGACGCCGCCACCUUCGCGCCGGCGAUCGCUGGUUGCCAGUUCGUCUUCCUCGUCGCCACACCAUUCGGGCUCCAAGACGCCGGCUCCAAGUAUAAGAGCACGGCGGAAGCUGUAGUGGACGCGGUGCGCGCGAUCCUCCGGCAGUGCGAGGAGUCCAGGACGGUGAAGCGAGUGAUCCACACCGCCUCCGUAUCGGCCGCUUCGCCGCUGAAGGAGGAGGAGGUCUCCGGCGUCAUCGGGUACAGAGAGUUCAUCAGCGAAUCUUGUUGGACUUCGCCCGACGUUGACUAUCCUCUCCGAAGCGCACACUUCGAUAAGUACAUACUGUCCAAGGUGCAGUCAGAGCAGGAACUCCUGAGCUACAACGGCGGCGAGAGUCCGGCGUUCGAGGUGGUGACCUUGGCCCUGGGCCUCGUCGCCGGCGACACGGUCCUUGGCCGCGUCCCGGAGACGGUGGAGAGCGCCGUGUCGCCCGUGUCCCGGAACGAGGCCUACUUCGGGCUCCCGCGCAUCCUGCAGCAGCUCCUGGGGUCGCUGCCGCUGGUGCACGUCGACGACGUCUGCGACGCGCUCAUCUUCUGCAUGGAGCGCCGCCACUCCAUCGCCGGCCGAUUCCUCUGCGCCGCCGCGUACCCGACCAUCCACGACGUGGUUGGCCACUACGCCAGGAAGUUCCCUCACCUCGACAUCUUGAAAGAGACGGAGGCGGUGGCGAGGGUGCAGCCUGACGGGGACAGGUUGGGCGAGCUGGGUUUCGUGUACAAGUACGGCAUCGAAGAGAUUCUUGAUAGCAGCGUUGCCUGUGCGGCGAGAUUAGGUUGUCUUGAUGCAACCAAGCUCAGCAUGCAGAAAGGAUAAAGCUGGAAGGUUAAUCAUAGCAGCACGAGGAACUUGCGUUGUUCAUUUUUUCAAUUUACACAUCGCAAAUUCGGAACUAGACAAACUUAAAUAAAACAAGAGGUAAACCAGGGCGAACUGAUACGCGUUGAGUUAGCCUAAUUUAGUCCACUUGUGUGCAGUGUUCAAAAUUUUCCCAAUUUUUUGUGGCUUUUGGUAAUUUCGGGGUGGUCAAAAGAAAAAUCCGAAAUCUCAUAUUAUGCUAAUGUAUGAGCUCUGUUGUAAAUAUAUAGCUCGACUUAGGUUUUCUAUUAUUUGCGUUGCAUAUUCUUUUA